CCGGGAGUCCCAAAACACGGAACUGCAACGGGAGAGUGGGUAUGCUGUAUCGUGCAUGGCUGGGUGAGGAAGAAGCCUGUCAGCAUGCAUUGGCAAAGCGCGCUCCCUCAUCAAAUUAAUUCUAAGGCUCCGGGCACGUCUUCUGACUUCCUUGCCCCCUCUCCCUUGCCCCUCUCCAUGGCUACGUCGUCCAUUUUGCUGAGAAAUCCGGGUUGAACAAGCCUCAGCAAUGGCAUCAGCAAUACUAAUAGGUUGUACGGGACUAGUGGGAUCUCACAUCCUCCGAAACCUCAUCUCCAGCGAAGCCAUCACCUCAAUCAACACCUUCUCCCGCCGCCGUCCUCCGGGGGCAUCGUCAUCAGAUAAAGUCCACGCCUUCGUCUCUCCAGACCCAGCCCAGUGGGUUGCCCAUAUCACGCGGCCGUCCGAAAGGCAACGACCCACGAUCUUGUUCUCCGCAUUCAGGUCGACCCGCGCCGCUGUCGGCGGCAGCUUCGAGGCCCAAUCUCUGAUCGACCACAGUCUGCAGCUCGAGCUCGCACGGGCCGCCCGGCAAGCGGGCUGUCGGGUGUGCGUCUUGAUCUCUUCGUCCUUCGCCAGUGAGCGUUCCUGGAUCCCAACCGUGAUUCUCCGUCCCGGGAUUAUAUUAGGGGAUCGUGGUGAGAGCCGUCCUGGGGAAUGGCUCGCACAGGGGCUGGUGCGGUGCGUUGGGAGUGUGGCUCCUUCUUGGAGGGAUGCGCUUGGUCAGGAUGCUGGCGUGAUUGCUGAGGCUGCUUUGAAGACUGGACUAGGGGGCUUGGCGGGGGGUUUGGGUGGGGAAGAUGACGGUUCUGGGGUGUGGCUUGUGGAGCGGAGUGAUAUCGUCAACGUUGCGAGGAUGGAGCCAGUUUCGUCGUUUCUUUUGUGA